CUGCCCGCGCUGAGCGCCCCCCUGUGCGCGGCCCAGGGCGGCGGCGGCGUAUUGUAUGAACGAGGCGGAGCUGGUGGAGGUGGCCUUGGCAGUCCUGGCCGAGAAUCUACAGUGCGAGGAAAGUGAAGAGAAGGCCCGGUCUGGGAGCAGAGAGGAGCAAGAGCUCCAGCCAACACUAAACGAGGCUCCUGGGAGCAAGGCCAACGCGGGGGAAGGCAGCGACCACAGUGCGGCGCUUCCAUCCCCUUCUGGUGCUAGUGCUGGUGCCGAGACACACAGCGCAGGCGGGGAGAACUCUGAAGACGACGUUCUGAAAUAUGUCAGGGAGAUCUUUUUCAACUAACAUCUCCUCUGUGACUCUCCAGGAGUAGAGGGGACAGUGGGGCGAGUGUCCCUUCCCAUGGUGCUGAGGACAAUGGGAGGAGGGCCUGGAGCAGGCUGUGUAUCUGCUGUGUUGGUGCCCUGUGGAGCUGGUAGGAUACCCAUGAAAGCCAGGGAGGGGAAAGGAAGGAGGCACUCACUUCACCUAAUCCAUGCUGGGUUCAAUGGGAUUUGGCUCCAGAUUAGGAUGUGUUCAUUUCUGUUUGGCAUCUCAGAGCAUGGACAGAUUAAAGAGGACAUUCUGGUU